AUGCCUGCAAAAACUGCUGGGAAGCCGAAGCCGCAGCACAAGCCGAACAAAACGGAGCUCAAGAAGCAAAAGAGGAAGCGCGACCAUGAAGACCUGCACAAACUCGAGGAGGCCAUCGCCCAGCUGGACCCCAAGUCUGGCAAGGUGAAAACCUUUGCUGACCUGUCCUCGGCCAUUUCACCUGCGACAGCAUCCGGCCUUCACUCAUCACACUUCACGAACAUGACCGAAAUCCAGGAACAGGCAAUCCCGUUGGCAUUGCAGGGCAAGGAUAUCCUCGGCGCGGCGAAGACGGGCAGUGGCAAGACACUGGCUUUCCUGGUGCCAGUACUGGAGAAGCUCUAUCGCGAACAAUGGACAGAGUUUGACGGUCUCGGUGCUCUGAUCCUCUCCCCGACUCGAGAGCUGGCGGUUCAAAUUUUCGAAGUGUUGCGCAAGAUCGGACGGCACCAUGCCUUUUCAGCCGGCCUCGUUAUUGGUGGAAAGAGUCUAAAGGAAGAGGCCGAGCGAUUGAUUCGAAUGAAUAUCUUAGUCUGCACGCCAGGACGAAUGCUGCAGCACCUGGACCAGACGGCCGGUUUCGACGCGAACAACUUGCAGAUUCUGGUGUUGGACGAGGCGGAUCGAAUCAUGGACCUGGGAUUCCAAUCUGCAGUUGAUGCACUGGUUGAGCAUCUGCCCAAGUCGCGACAGACACUCAUGUUCAGUGCGACGCAGAGCAAAAAAGUUUCAGAUCUUGCCCGACUCAGCCUGAAAGACCCCGAAUACGUCUCUGUGCACCAAGACGCAACGACAGCAACACCAACUACCCUCCAACAACACUACAUCGUCACCCCGCUACCCGAGAAACUCGAUACUCUCUAUGGUUUUAUCAAGGCGAACGUCAAGAGCAAAAUCAUCGUAUUUCUCAGCUCCGGCAAGCAAGUCCGGUUUGUCUACGAAAGCUUUCGACACCUUCAGCCUGGUAUUCCACUACUUCAUCUUCACGGCCGUCAGAAGCAAGUGGCGCGAUUAGAAAUCACAAACAGAUUCACCGCCGCAAAGACAUCGUGUCUGUUUGCUACUGACGUGGUUGCGCGAGGCAUUGAUUUCCCUGCAGUUGAUUGGGUCAUUCAGGCAGAUUGCCCUGAAGAUGCUGAUACAUAUAUCCACAGAGUGGGACGAACGGCCCGAUUCCAGAGCAAUGGCCGCGCCGUUCUCUUCCUCGACCCCAGCGAAGAGGAGGGGAUGAUUAAGCGACUAGAACACAAGAAGAUCCCCAUACAAAAAGUGCACGUCAAGGAGAAGAAGAAGAAGAGUAUCAAGAACAACCUACAGGAUAUGUGCUUCAAGUUCCCCGACCUGAAAUACCUGGGCCAAAAGGCGUUUAUCAGUUACACAAGGUCGAUUCACCUGCAGAAGGAUAAAGAAGUCUUCAAGUUUGAUGACCUCGACUGGGACGCAUAUGCAUCGAGCCUUGGUUUGCCCGGAACCCCACAGAUCAAAUUCCAGAAGGGUGAGGAUAUCAAGAGGAUAAAGAAUGCGCCCCGCCAAGGCAUGUCAAGCGACUCAGAAUCAGACAUGGACCUGGACGGAGCGUACGAUAAGAAGAAGAAGGACAAGAAAGAGGUGCGGACGAAAUACGACAAGAUGUUUGAACGAACAAACCAGGACGUUUUGUCUAGCCAUUACUCUAAACUUGUGCUGGAUGGAGGCAAGGAGGAUGACGAUGAGGAGGAUGACUUCUUGUCUGUAAAGAGAAGACUAAAUGACGACGAUGUCGACGUACUUACGGGCACGGCACCCAUCAACUCCGCCAAGGUCAUAGCACUAGGCGGCGAUGAUUUAUACGUCGUCGAUUCAAAACGCCGCGAGAAAGCCCUUCAGUCAAAGAAGAAGAUGGCCAAAUUCCGUGGCAACUCCUCGAAGCUCGUGUUUGACGAAGAAGGCAACGCGCACGAAAUCUACGAGCUCCAGGACGAAGAAGACUUCAAGCAACAAGGCCCCGCAGACGAGCAGCGCCAGAAGUUCUUGGAUAGCGAGACGGUUAGGGUCAAGGAGGCUGAUGUGGACGACAAGCUACUCGCGAAGCAGCGGAAGAGAGAGAAGAAGGAGAAGAGGAAGGCGAGGGAAGCGAUGGAAAUGGCUGGCGGAGAGGGCGUUGAUCCACAGCUUGGUGCGAACGGCGAUGGCGACGAUCCGCUGGCUCUGCUGCGCUCUCUGCCUAUGGCUGGGGAGGACCGCAGUGAUGAUUCAGAUGCCGAGCCGCCGAAGAAGAAGGCCAAGAAGUGGUUCCAGGACGACUCGGACGAUGAAGAUGCCAAGAAGAAGAGCAAGGGCGGGAAGAAGAAGAAGGGAGGCAAGGUUAUUGAGGUGGACCAGGAGCCUGAGACAUUGGAGGAUCUGGAAGCUUUGGCUGCGGGCUUGUUGGAUGGUUGA